GAUACGGUGGUGGUUGGCAGCCAGAAGGCGUUGCGCCGCGUGAAUUGCCAGCGUGCAAGUGUCUCAUGCAUCUAUCGGAGCUUGCUGUAAACCGGGGCCUUCUUUCGGGCACUAAAGCCGCUGUAGCUCGCAAUGGCAUGCCCCCAUAAAUAUUCAUCUAGAUAAAGAAGGCUGCCCUUGCUCUCAACCAUUGCGAGCCUCGCAUCCAUUGUCUCUCAUUUUGCAAAUAAUAAAAAUAAAUCACUUCAUCAUGGACGUACAACCCCCCGAUAUAUUCGUCCAAGAAGUCGAGACUGCCAUCGGCGCCCUCAUCCAGGCCUCCAAGCUCGGCCAACGCAUCGUCUCGUCCCAAGACAAGGGCACCAUCACCAAAGACGACCUCAGCCCCGUCACCAUUGCAGACUUUGCCGUCCAAGCCCUCUUGAUUGCCUCCUUCAAGCAAGUCUUCCCCAACGACUCCUUUGUGGGUGAGGAAGAUGCCUCCGACUUGCGGGCCAACGAUGCGUUGAUGACUCGUGUCUGGGACCUCCUCAACACCAUUGCCCAGGACGAAUUCACCCAGCAGGGCGCCUGUACGCUGCCUCAGUCAAAGGAGCACAUGUGCGACUUGAUCGACCAGGCCGGUUCGAGCAGCCCCGGCGGGCCUGGAUCCGGCAGAGUCUGGGUGUUUGAUCCCAUUGAUGGCACCAAGACGUAUGUGAGGGGCCAGCUGUACGCCAUCAACAUCGGCCUCAUUGUCGAUGGCAAGCAGGCCUUUGGAGCUGUUGCGUGUCCGAAUUUGUCAUUGCGGCACACUGGAAAUCUCAAAAACGAAAGCGCCGAUCCCAACGGUAAUGGCUGCAUCCUGUUCGCCAUCAAAGGCCACGGCGCCUUUUACAGACACUUGGAGUCGCAUCACAUCGAGUUGAAGAGCACGAUUCUUCCGAUACCGUCAACCUUUGCAGGAAACCAUUCCGGCUUCAUUACAUGCACUGGCCUGGUCGAUUCGGCUCUCGACGGUGUCCACGACGUUGUUGCUCAGCGUCUGGGCCUUCAAUUCCCUGGCAGUGACGUCGUCCCCUGGGUCGUGCGAUGGGCUGCUCUGGCGCUCAGCAUAGGCAGCGUCACUGUCUGGGUGUAUAAGCGUCGUGAUCGCUAUGCAAAAGCUUGGGACCAUGCGGGCGCUAUGCUUCUCUUUGAAGAGGCGGGCGGGAAGAUUACCGACGUGCAUGGCAAGGACAUUGACUUGUCGGCCGGAAGAAAGCUGAGCAACAACUUUGGGUUUGUGGCUGCGCCUAUAGCAUUGCAUGCCAAGGUGCUGGGUAUUGUGCAGGAUGUGCUCAAGGAGCAAGGCAGGGAUGAGUUUCUGCAGUAGCUUACAAGCUACCUUCAGAUAGUACGAAAUAGAGCAAAAGGACGAAAGAAUGGAUACAUUUUUAUACAUAUAGUCUAUGAUAUGGCGAUUUACAAAGGGCAAAUAUUAUUAUGAGUGAAACAAAAACCUCUCUACGCAGUAUACACCCCAUGGCUGACAG